ACAGUACUGCGCAGUCAGUUAGAAACUGCAAUUCGAAGCGACAAGUUCGUGUAAAUUUCCGAUCGAAUAUCGAACGAAACCUCAUCCGAAGUAAAAGUAAUUCCAAUUACUUCUUAUCCUUCGUGAGUGAUUCGUGUAACGAAGCAAACGUUGUUUAACGAAAGAUCCAUCACGACAUAAUGGCACUGGUAUCGAGAGAUUACUUCCGCAGCUUGUGGGACGACAUAGACAGAUAUCACCGAAAUCUCGAGGACCAUUUCAAACGGCUAACUACUAGCGAUGACAUAUGGCAGCCACCACCGAUCCCGUCGUUGGGUGCAAUGGCCCGUCCAUUCAAUAAUAUGAUAAACCAAUUGGAACAACAGGCGGGUGGCUCGACGACGAUCGAACGAGACCAAAACAAGUACCAAGUGAUCGUCGACGUGCAACAGUUCGCGCCGGAGGAGAUCACCGUCAGAACGGACGACAAAUUUAUCACCAUCGAGGGCAAACACGAGGAGAAGAAGGACCAACACGGAUACGUUUCCAGGCAAUUCGUGCGGCGAUACAUGCUGCCGCAGGGUUACGACAUUGGCCACGUGAGACCUAGAUUGUCCUCCGACGGUAUCCUUACCAUCACUGCACCGAGACUCGCCAUGCCAGCACCUGGAGAAAGAAUAAUACCAAUUGAGCAGAGCAACACCCCAGCGAUCAGAGCUUAAAAUCCUUGGUCGCUAUAUACGUGAACAUAUCACAGCAUCGAUUGGGUUUUAAUCGUUUUAAAUUUUCUUCUUUGAUAUCAUGCGUUAUAUUUAGCUGUUGUUACGUACAAUUAACGACACGAUUACGUUAGGUAUCCAAGGUUCCGAUUAUCGCAAACAUCCAAAGAGAUUCGAGUCGUUUAAACUUGAGAUAGUGAUAUUAAUCUAUACGCAUAUACGUCGCACGAUUAAUCGCGACGUUGUAACGAAAGUCUGAAACACUGUAUUACUUUACUUUCUACUCUCGAAACCGCCAUACUUAACUGUAUAUUAAAAACACGAAUAUAGUUGGUAUUGAUAUUUAGCACUUUCGUUAUAUAUAUAUAUAUAUAUAUACCUAUACUUAAUUAUAAUUAUAGAGAUCGAAUAAUUAUAAUUCAGUG